AUGUUUCCUCUUCGAGCUGAUGUCGCCGACACAUCGUCAACCACAACAUACGCAGAACCCCAUCGGCGUGGCAAGCAGAGGAUAAUAUUAUGGUUGGAGUUCCGAAAAUGCGACCUGACCCAACCGUCCUGCAAUCAAUGCACCAAGCGCAAUCUCUCCUGCCCCGGCUACGAAAAGCGGUGGAAAUUCAUGCACCAAACCACAGGCUCCAUCCAGAAAGACCAGCAAGAAGCUGCCUUGAUCCUAGCGCGCCAAAGUAUCGACGAACUGGCGGAGCCGGAUCUAGCAGACGCCGCCUUAGACCUCCAACAGAAAGAGUUCGCCUCCUGUGGCAAGUCGUACCGCGCGCUGGCGACCGUUUUCAUUGGCCGGAAGUAUAAGGAUAUGGCAAAGGUUACCUGUAGUCGACAUAUGUACUCCCGGGCUUUGAACUAUCUGACUGGGGUUAUCCAGCAUCCGAGGUUCGCCACGACGGAGGAAACCCUUGCUGCUGGUAUCCUGUUGGCUAUGUAUGAGAUGGUGGACGGCAUUACGGGGGCAUCGUGGCUGACACAUACGCGCGGACUAGCAACGAUGAUUCAAAUGCGCGGGGCGUUUCUGGGCGAGCUGGUAGAUAUCGAGAGCCAGAGUUCGACACGAAGUGAACUGGGGCUUAUUGUCGACCGGGCCUUUAUAGAGGUCGCCUCCUGUCCUGGGUGGCUCGCUGAAACCAGUACACUGAUCAGACAGCCAGGUCAUACCGAGGCAAAAACAAAUUUGGUGUCAGAAAUCCUCCAAUGUACUCUCGUGCAUCUGCGUCAGGCUUCCAUUCUAGCGUGGCAGCAAUUUGUCAGCCCCAUUCCUUGGGACUUUGUCGAUCCCUUCGCACAAUCGUUGCUAUAUGGCAUGCGACUAGGCAUAUCCCUGUUGAACCGAUUGUUCAUCUUACUCAGUGCGGAUCUCCGUCGGAGAUAUUGUGGCCCGGAGCCAUUUGAAGAAGGCCAUAUACCAGGUUUGCAGUCGCCGAACCCAUGGAGCGCUCUAGAUGCGGAUGCACAGGAGUGGCAGGUUCGGUUUGACCCAGAGUAUCUGCAGGAUUCGUAUCAGAUUCACCCCAGCGGGAAUUCAGAUUGGAUGGAUCGCAUUGCGAUGUCAAUAGGGAUGUUGGGGAUCCGGGCGUGA